AUGUCUAAACUGAUCUACGGCCUCCUGUGCCUGCAGAUGCUUAAUGUCGGGGUUGCCUGGAGUCUUUUUAAACACAAAUCCGAGCCCCCUCCCAUGGAAUUGCAUUGUUUCAGAGGCUCCAAGAUGGCCUUCAGCGACGCCCGAGAGGAGAGCGUGAAAUGUGACUCGAUCCUGGGCAUUGAGCAGUACUGUUAUCGCUUUACUGCUUACUCACCCGUCCACGAAAUGAUCAAGCUUGGUUGCGCGACCCUUCUUUGUGCAGUAAGUCUCCUAUUUUCGUAACUUCCAUCCCAUUUUCAGCCUUUCCGUAACACCUGUGCUGAUUUUGAGUUGAGUGGAGCUGCCGGGAAACUGUGUUGUUGCAACCAUGGGAGUUACUGUAACUCCUCAACCACCUCGACAUUGUCAUUUACAUUAAUAAUGAGUCUAGUCAUCGGCCUGCUUUAUCGCUAG